GCAUUUUGUAAGUCCAGAACUUCAACCCGGUAACUUUCGAGUUUGAGAUUAAUUGUAUCAUUUCGACUUGUCUUUUGUUUGUUUGUACUCAACGUGAUAUCUAUUAUCUAUAGUUUACAGUUUUAAUACAGGAGAAUGUCUGGUCGAAAGCAAACACCAAGUGAUUUUUUAAAGCAAAUUAUUGGGCGUCCUGUAGUGGUAAAAUUGAACUCUGGUGUGGAUUAUCGAGGUGUUUUGGCUUGUCUAGAUGGCUACAUGAAUAUCGCUCUGGAGCAGACAGAGGAAUAUGUAAAUGGUCAACUGAAGAACAGAUACGGUGAUGCUUUCAUCCGUGGAAAUAAUGUUCUGUACAUAAGCACUCAAAAACGGCGAAUAUGAAAGAAUCAGGAAGUUAGCCUCUAUUAAAAGAAAAAAAAAAUUCUUUUUUUUACAACUGUCAAUAUUGUCAUUAUUUUUCAUUCAUGGAGGAGAUACUGUAGGGAAAAUUACCAUACAUAUCUGAGUCAGAUGAUUAUGAAGAAGAAAAAGAACGAGGAGGAGGAGGAAGAAAAGAGAAAAUGUCUCAAAUAUAUGGAUAUUUAUUUCUAAUUGAGAUUUUAGUGAAGGAAAUACUGUGCUACAUGUUAUAAUAAUAAUAAUAAUAAUAAUAAUAACAAUGCAUCAAUUUCAUUUGGUGUUUUUCUGUUGCUAAAUAGCAAACUUUCUUUUGACUGCUUACAAACCAUACACAUAGUUUUUUUUAAUUAAGUCCUCAUUUGGAUUUUUAAAAAAUAACAAACACCAAAACAGGGAAUGGUUCACUUAUUUUAAUAAAUUAUGGAUCAGCAUCAGCAGGUUGGUACAUUAACCACAGAGUAUAACAGCAAUGUGAUAAAGAAGGAAAAAUUAUAUUCUUACAUAAAGUUAUGUAAGAAUAUAAUUCUUCAUUGUUUGUCUGGUUGCCACACACACACAUAUAUAUAUAUAAUCGUCCAACCAAUGCCAGCAUGGAAUAUGGACUUUAAAUGAUCAUGACCUAUCUAUCUAUCUAUUUCAAUUAGAGGUUAUGUUAGCCUCAUGAAGGGAUAGUGUCAUCCAAGGAAAUACUGGUUCAAUACCUAAUAUUUUGGGAGGAAUUGAUUUCCUUAAAUAGGUAUGUAUAUAAACUGAAGUUUAUAAUCAUAUAAAAGAAGAAGAAAAUGGAGAUUGUGAAGUUAAUAAGAAUUUAUUAUCAAUAAUAAAUUGAUUAUUAUCCCUUACAGCUGUUUCAAUUAUACAAUGUGAAUUGAUUGAAUAUUAAGUUCAUAUUUCUGAACUUAAUCUCUUCAGAGGGGAAAAAAAUAUACUCUUAGAUGUUUUGUAUGUUUGUUUAUAGAUUUGACUGCUGUGAUGAAUCUAUAAAUGACAUACAAAACAUCUAAGGGUAUAUUUUUUUUCCCCUCUGAAGAGAUUAUGCUCAGAAAUAUGACCUUAAUAUUCAAUUAAUUCACUACGUAUAAUUGAAACAGCUGUAAGGGAUAAUGAUCGAUUUGUUGUCGAUAAUAAACUCUUAUUAACUUCACAAUCUCCAUUUCCUUCUCCCUUUAUCUAUAUAUCUAUCUAUCUCUAUAUAUAUAUUUUAUAUAUAUACCGCAGUAAAUAUAAUGAAGUAAAUAUAUAAAUUUAUAUAAAUGAGGAUAAGAUCACCUCAUUUAUAUAUAUGUAUUAUAUAUAUAUAUAUAUUGACUUUAUAUCUGCUUUUCUACGCAAGCAGUGAACUUUCACAUGUCUCAUUUUUGCAACACCUCUCCUCUCAGAAACACACUUCUCUCAUCAUCCAACUCCUUGGUUUGCUUCUUUGAUAGGAACCUUCCACCACCAACACAUUGUACCCUCAGCCACUAGAUUUGCAUCAUCCAUUCACACUACACACCAAUCCCUGAAAAAUAUUAGCUACCACCACCUCUAAAACCUAAUUACAUUCCUUCUUCGUUUGCACUCAGUUUAACUUGCCAACAGAUCACACUCAGCUCAUUAUUCCCCAAUAUCAUCUGAUACUCUGUAUUCACAGCUCAUGUCUCAAUUCUGAAGUGAACCACACUUCUUAUACAUGCUUUAUUAAGUCUUCCCUCUUUUAAUUUGCUUUUAGUGGAUGGGGUGUCAAGCUUUUUUCUUUACUUUACAAAAGAGAGUUCUACUUAAUCUUACCCUAUUUAACUCAUUCCAUGCAGAUAUUAGAUAUUAACUUACUCAGUUCAUGAAUUGUUUAAAUCACUUAGAUAGGAUCAGUACAUAUCUGUCAUAUAUAUAUAUAUAUAUAUAUAUAUAUAUAUAUAUACACACACACACACACAUACAUACACACACACAUGUGUCUAUAUAUACAUGCAUAUAAAGAAAUAUAAUUGGAAUCC